GUUGCCGCUGUUGCCCUCGCGCUGGUAGCCGAGCCGGAGGGAAGGCGGUGGAGAGAUGAUUGCAGAGUUGGUGAGCAGCGCUCUAGGGCUCGCUUUGUAUCUCAACACCCUGAGUGCGGAUUUCUGCUACGAUGACAGCCGUGCUAUCAAGACUAAUCAGGACCUUCUCCCAGAAACCCCAUGGACCCACAUUUUCUACAAUGAUUUUUGGGGGACGCUGCUAACCCACAGCGGCAGCCACAAGUCCUACCGGCCGCUCUGCACUCUUUCCUUCCGCCUGAACCAUGCCAUCGGAGGGCUGAAUCCCUGGAGCUACCAUCUUGUCAACGUGCUCCUGCAUGCGGCGGUCACGGGUCUCUUCACGAGCUUCUCCAAGAUCCUGCUUGGGGAUGGAUACUGGACCUUCAUGGCUGGCUUGAUGUUUGCCUCUCACCCCAUCCACACGGAGGCGGUGGCAGGAAUCGUGGGCCGGGCCGAUGUGGGGGCCAGUCUCUUCUUCCUCCUCUCCUUGCUCUGCUACAUGAAACACUGUUCUACAAGGGGCGCCUCGGCCAGGACCUGGGGCUGGUUCCUGGGGACAGGACUGUGCGCCGGAUGCAGCAUGCUGUGGAAGGAACAAGGAGUGACGGUCCUGGCAGUUUCAGCCAUUUAUGACGUCUUUGUCUUUCACAGGCUGAAAAUGAAACAGAUCUUACCCACCAUUUACAAAAGGAAGAACUUGUCUCUUUUUCUCAGCAUUAGUUUGUUAACUUUCUGGGGAACUUCCCUUUUGGGUGCCCGUUUAUACUGGAUGGGAAACAAACCACCAAGCUUUUCCAACUCUGACAACCCAGCUGCUGAUUCGGAUAGCCUCCUGGCUCGCACACUCACCUUCUUCUACUUGCCAACCAAGAACCUUUGGCUGUUGCUCUGCCCAGAUACCCUCAGUUUUGAUUGGUCAAUGGAUGCCGUGCCUCUGCUCAAAACAAUUUGUGAUUGGAGAAACCUACACACUGUGGCCUUCUAUACUGGACUCCUCCUCCUUGCCUACUAUGGUUUGAAGAGCCCAAGCAUAGAAAGAGAAUGCAACGGGAAAUUUGUAACAAAUGGCAAGCAGAAUGCAAAUGGACAUAGCUGCCAUUCAGAGGUGGAGUACCGGAACUCAGAGAUUAAGCCCAGCUUUCCAUCCAAAGUAGAAAAUGGCAUUAAAAAUAAUGUGUCACAGAGAACACGGCUUCCUUCUACAGAGAACAUUGUUGUUUUGUCUUUGUCUUUGUUAAUAAUACCCUUCGUUCCUGCCACGAACCUGUUUUUCUAUGUUGGCUUUGUAAUUGCAGAGCGAGUACUGUAUAUUCCUAGUAUGGGCUUCUGCCUCCUCAUUACAGUGGGUGCGAGAGCCCUUUAUGUCAAAGUCCAAAAGCGGUUUCUCAAGAGCUUGAUUUUUUAUGCUACAGCUACGUUAAUUGUUUUCUAUGGACUGAAGACGGCGAUCAGGAACGGAGACUGGCAGAAUGAGGAAAUGCUGUAUAGGUCAGGGAUAAAAGUAAACCCAGCUAAAGCAUGGGGUAACCUUGGAAAUGUUCUCAAGAGUCAGAGCAAAAUUUCUGAAGCUGAAAGCGCCUAUAGAAAUGCUUUGUAUUACCGAAGCAACAUGGCUGACAUGCUUUAUAAUUUAGGGUUACUUCUACAAGAGAACAGCAGGUUUGCAGAAGCACUACAUUAUUAUAAAUUGGCGAUCGGGAGCAGGCCUACGCUGGCUUCUGCAUAUUUAAACACCGGGAUUAUUCUAAUGAACCAAGGAAAGACGGAAGAAGCUCGACGCACGUUCCUGAAGUGUUCUGAGAUCCCUGACGAAAACCUAAAGGACCCUCAUGCCCAUAAGAGCUCGGUCACCAGCUGUCUGUACAACCUGGGGAAACUCUAUCAUGAGCAGGGACACUAUGAGGAUGCACUUAGUGUAUACAAAGAAGCAAUUCAGAAAAUGCCAAGGCAGUUUGCCCCACAGAGCUUGUACAACAUGAUGGGUGAAGCAUACAUGCGACUAAGCAAGCUCCCUGAGGCAGAGCAUUGGUAUAUGGAAUCACUGAGAUCCAAGACCGACCACAUCCCUGCUCAUCUUACCUAUGGGAAACUGCUUGCUCUAACAGGUCGUAAGAGUGAGGCUGAAAAAUUCUUCUUGAAGGCUAUUGAGCUGGACCCCACCAAAGGAAACUGUUACAUGCAUUAUGGUCAAUUUCUUCUUGAAGAAGCUCGCCUCAUAGAAGCAGCUGAGAUGGCAAAAAAAGCGGCUGAACUGGAUAGCACGGAGUUUGAUGUGGUCUUCAAUGCUGCCCACAUGCUCAGGCAGGCUAGCCUCAAUGAAGCCGCCGAGAAGUACUAUGAUCUGGCCGCCAAGCUGAGGCCUAAUUAUCCGGCUGCUCUGAUGAACUUGGGAGCCAUCCUGCACCUCAAUGGACGACUCCAGAAGGCCGAGGCCAACUACCUGCGGGCGCUGCAGCUCAAACCGGACGACAUCAUCACGCAGUCCAAUCUCCGCAAACUCUGGAACAUCAUGGAAAAGCAAGGCUUGAAGACCUCCAAGACUUGACACAGGAGGGCCGUACCUCAUCCUCCUCCAUAUUUGAAAGCCGGCUUCAUUAACGAACAGAACUUCCCAGCAGUGCUAUGACAAGAGUUAGUUUGGACUUCAAGACAGGGGGGCAGAGGUCACUGAGGUCACUGCCACUUCUGGGAGUAUCCACUUUGCCGUGGGCACAGCCAUUAACACCAAAAAGAGGACCAUUGGAAACCUCCUGCAGGAUAUAAUUGUUACCCGUAGAACCGGAAACCAGAGCACUUAAAACAGGAUCUUUUGGCAUUCUUAAAGGGGGGAGGGGAGUCUACGUUUCAAAUUUUGUUCAAUUUUGAAAGCUAACUUGGAAAUUAUACUGUUCCUUAAACACUGUGAGAGGAAGUCAGAAUUUCUGUUCAGCCACGGUAAACUAUUACGGUCAAGUGGUCACACGCAGUGAUUCAAGUGUCGUGUGAAUCCUGGUGAGCUGGCCGGUUGUCCUGACGCUGCUGUCUUCCCUCUUUGGGACAGCCUGCUUAUCAGUGUCUAAAACUUAGAAAAUUUUUUUUUUUUUUUUAAUACUGUGUCAGGAUCUGUCAGAGUCUACAUUUGUUUCCUGACUAGUGCACGUAACGUUUUAUGAUUUAGAUGUCACCAUCAUGUGGGCAUCCUUUGCUUUUCAUGUUCUGAAAAGGGUAUACAGAACAGAGCAAACCGUGUUUCUCACUGGUGUUGUAGGAGGGACUGGGGAGGCCUUAUGUGUUCCAGGCAGGCAUAUUUUACUCUGACGUCACUGACAUUUUCCCAAAACUGCCUAGGAGGAUUCAUUGUAUUAAUUCUUAGGCUUUUGAAAUUGCCUUUUAAAAUGGCUAUUCCUGGUUAACGCUCAUGCUAAGGCAGUAAAUCAAAAGGAAGCUUAACAAAUGGUCUAGUUCCAAUAACUAACCAGCAGCUAUUAGACAAAAGGGAAGAUGCUUUGUGCCUUCCAGAUGUUGCUGGGUUAAAAAUCAAGUCUGUGCGAGGGUGUAUAAUGAUGGCUGCCAACGAUUUUAUAUUCUGGAAAGAGUUGGUAUGAAAUGCUAAUCACUUUCUAAUAGGUACCUAAACAGCAGUGCUGAUAAGUUUUUGAGGAAUUAUUUUUAAUCAUACUUUGUUCUUCCCAAAAGACAUAAAAAAUGACUUAUUUUAAGCUGCAGGUAGACUAUAGCAUUAGCCCACGUGUUUCUAGGUCUCCUGCCAAGUGCUUUUCACAGUUGAAAACUCUUUUUCACUAGCAAAUUUGGCAUUUUAUUUCAUUACCUAUUAGUAACCACUUCAGUGAUAAUUUCACGAGUAAAAGACUAUAAGGGAAGUAGAGAGAAACAUUUACUGAACAUUUUUUGACCUGCAGUCAAACUUUGCUACUAAAAAUUAACUUUGUAAAAACAACGAUCCACUCUCAACUUCUUCCUAGAGAAAGUAGCUAUACAAUACCCAACAUAUUUAUUUAUUUAUUAUUCUACCAUAGCAAAAUAACAAAACUUGAUUCAUUAAGCCAGUUCUUUGCAACUUAAAAUUAGCUUUUUUCCUUGUCCUUUCACAUUCAGUGUAUAUAUGGUCAGCGUCCCCAUUUAAGGGAAGCUGGACAUGCAAAUAGAUCAUAUUAUGUUUUCUUCAUAUUUUAUAUGUUUUGCUGCAUAUCUGAGUAAGGUGGAGUAAAGAAUUAAAGUAGUGUUCCUAUGGCAUUAGUGUUUUGGUGAGAAGGGCAACAUAGAGAGAUUUGUUGAUGGCAUUAAAAGAAGGCCCUCCUAAUAUGUAUAUUAUUUGGUAAACAUUUCAUUGAAGGGCCAAAAGUUAAAUUAUAAUUAAAUCACUGUGUUUUCAGAAUGAUAUUUAAUGUUUAACAACAACAAACACGUGGUCAAACCAAAAGCGUGGGUUGAAGCAUAUUUUUCAUCUUCUAGUGCAUUGGCAAUUGCAAAAAAAAAAAAUAAA